AUGUCGAGCCGAACUUCACGAAACGAGGGAGCUUCCUCCAGUAACGCUAAUUCGAACCGCAGCAACAAUAGCCGCCAACGGCAAGCACAGCCAGGCGGGGCACCGAGAAGUUUGGAAAACGAAGCUCGCGAGUUCGCCCUUGGCCUCAACCUCGAAAUAGCCUAUUAUCACGCAUUCCUCAACAAAUUGCUCAAUGUUAUUUCGAAAGGUGACGAUGAGUCCAUUGCCCGUGUUAUCUCGGUCAUCCGCUCGGGCGCAUCGUACACCGAAAUUCUUGAUGUGAUCGACCAGGUCUCCGAGAACAACGGCUUGUCCAACGGGGACAGCAAUUCAGGGUUUCAUGGCCCCGGGAGGAAAGGGCAAGACUUGUUUCCACCCGAAGCGUGGAAACAGUGGGGGAUCUGCGUGACUUUCGGCGUGGGUGUGCGGGUUCAAGUCGAUAAGGGUUGGCUCGAACCGGCUUUUAUGGAUAACCCGGCAUUUAUGGAUAACCCGGCAUUUAGGCCUGAUGAAGUUGCCAGUACGGUUGGAUGUUCAUGA